AACCACCCAUAUUCAAAAUAUAAAAAAUAUACCUUGUCAGUAAUAAACAGUAUAUACAUAGUUAAUAUUUACAUGCCAUUUACAGUUAGAAAUUUGUACAAAUUGAAUUAGAAUUGCAAUCGGAUUAUUGCACCAAAAUUGACUGAUCAGUUCUCAAAGGGAAGAGUUGGUUAGAUUGAUGGCCACAGGCAGGAAUUAUCUUCUGUGGCGCUUUGCGGUGCGACAUUAUAAGGCAGAAGAAUUCAUAAGAAUGUCAUAGUAUAGUAAGGCACAAAAAGUAACAAAAAUGUUAUAACAAUGUAAGACAUAAACUGGGAUAAAAACGUAGUACAAUUGUAAGGCAUAAAAAGUCAUAAGAAUGUCAUAGUAUAGUAAGGCAUUAAAAUGCAUGCAAACAUCAUAGAAUAGUAUGUCAUAAGAUGUAACAAAAAUGUCAUAUUAUAGUUAGGCAUCAAAAGGCAUACAAACAUCAUAGUAUAAUAAGGCAUCAAAAGGCGUACAAACAUCAUAGUAUAAUAAGGCAUAAAAAGUAAUAAAAACAACAAUUUAUAAUAAAUCAACAUUGUAUAAUAAGGCAUGCCUUAUUAUACAAUGUUGUUUUUAUGAUUUUUUUAUGCACAAAAGUAAUUAAAACAUCAUUGUACAGUAAAGCAUAAAAAGGCAUAAAAACGUCAUAGUAUAGUAAGGCAUAAAACGUCACAGUAUAGUAAGGCAUAAAAGUCAUAAAAAUGUCAUAGUAUAGCAACGCAUAAAAAGUCAGGAUUUUUCGACAGAAAUUUGAUAUAUUAACCAUUUUAUGUUUACUCCUGCUGGCAACCUGACUGCCAGCCUACAGAACACAGAACCCAGGGCUAGCUUGCUAGUUAACGCCAAUUAACAUGGUUAAAAAACUCAGUUGACAGUUUUCUGGUGACGUUAGAAUGAUCUUUUGGAAUGAUCUAAUAUGAUAUCACUCCUAACAUAGUGGAGUUCACUCAAAUAUUGGUAGUUGUGUCCUCCCAAAAUAUUGGUUAAUGUCCCUACCAUCCAUAUGCAAACUUACGCCCUUGCCUUUAUCCUCUCAUGAAACAUUUCUAUCCUGACGGGAGUGGUCUUUUCCUGGAUUACAGUUCCUCCAUCCAUAGGAUACGAGGGGUCGGUGAAUGGUUUGAUGAGUCUGAAAAUUAACUGAUAUGCUAUGGGCUUCACAGUCACCAGAUCUCAACCCAAUGGGAGAUUUUGGACCACCAUGUUAGACAGCGCUUUCCACCACCAUCAACAAAAAGGUCAAAUGUGGGAAUAUCUUUUGGAAGAAUGGUGUUCAGCCGUCCAGUAGAGUCCUAUUUAAAUUGAUUUUAUUUUUUCCUCUUCAUCUAUCAAUCUAUGUCCAGUCAACUGAUGUUUUGAAUAAAAAAUUCUAACAGAAACUCCAGUAACACUGAACCAAGAUGGAGGGAAUUUGUCCAAAAAAACUUUUAACAAAAAUUGACUCUUUUACUUAACUUCCAAACCAACAAUGGGCAUUUUAUCAUUUUCAACUGGCUACAAGGUUUACAUUUAGUUAAGACUUGAACGAAUAUGUUUGAGGUCGCAGCAAUACGAGGGGCGCCUGAACGCAGCACCAGUCCGGUUCCUGCGAGAAUGCCGUUCCCGUUUUUACAUCGAGCCGGACUCCAUGUUGUUCCGACAGCCACGGAGUGAACAAGUGCCCUGGCCGAAAACUCUCACGUUGCAACUCUGUGUGUGCGAGAAGUGAAGUGUGUGUGCGUGUGAGAGUGUUGACCCUCCGAAAGAAGAUGGCAGACUACCGGGACGACACCGGAGCUCGAGCCCUGCUUGCUCUGCAGUCGGCACCGUGCAGCCCCGUGCGCGUCGCGGUGACCUCGCACGCCUAUCACCAACCCUCGCUCGCCCUCUUGGGUCCUCCGGUGAUGGAAGCCCGCACCGAAGCCGGGAUUUUUCCCGUGCGCCUCGCUUCUCCUUCUUCGCAGGCCCUCGCCAGGCUCGAGGGCCGGGACUUUGAGUUUGUCAUGCGCCAGAGGACGGUCACCAUAGGCCGGAACUCAUCUCACGGCUCCGUGGACAUCAACAUGGGUCACUCGAGUUUUAUUUCACGGCGACACCUGCAGAUCACCUACGACGAGGUGAACGGCUUCUCCCUCCGGUGCCUGGGCAAGAACGGCGUGUUCGUUGACGGGGUGUUUCAACGGAGAGGGGCGCCGCCGCUGCCGCUGCCCAGAGAGUGUGUGUUUCGUUUUCCCAGUACAGUCAUCAAGAUCCAGUUUAUGUCACUCCUGGAAGCUGAGGAGCACAGAGAGAAAGAGCAGCCCUCUCCUCCCCCUCGCCAGCUUCUGCCCCACAUUUCCCCUCUUAAAAUCAGCAUUCCCACACUGCAGCAGCAUGAAGAUCACAUCAGGGCAUUUGGGUCUCCGCUGCCGUCGCCCACAGGCACCAUCAGUGUUCCGAACUCCUGUCCGGCCAGUCCACGUGGGGCAGGGUCAUCAGGGUAUCGCUAUGGACGCAACGUGACCUCUGACCUCCAGUUAGCAGCUGAAUAUGCCGCCAAGGCCGUUUCUGAGCAGAGUCGAAGCAUUGCUGAGCACAGAGGUGGGGGAUGUGAGCAGCGGGGGGAGUCAGCUGGUGGAGAUAGCCCCAAGGAUGAGUCCAAGCCACCGUAUUCCUAUGCACAGCUGAUUGUCCAGGCCAUCUCUUCUGCCCCAGACAAACAGCUGACUCUUAGUGGCAUUUACGCCCACAUCACCAAACACUACCCCUACUAUCGCACUGCAGACAAGGGCUGGCAGAACUCAAUUAGACACAACCUGUCGCUCAAUCGCUACUUUCUAAAAGUGGCGCGCUCUCAGGACGAGCCUGGCAAAGGAAGUUUUUGGCGUGUGGAUUCUGCCUCUGAGAGCAAGCUGGUGGAGCAAGCCUUCAGGAAAAGACGGCAAAGAGGGGUGGCUUGCUUUAGGACGCCGUUCGGACCUCUUUCUUCUAGAAGCGCCCCUGCAUCCCCAACCCACCAGGGGCUUCUUUCUCCUCCAUCCAGUGGGCUACAGACCCCUGAAUGUCUGAGCAGGGAGGGCUCUCCUAUCCCCCACGACCACCAUGAACAGCUUGCUAACAAACUGGCAUCUGUACCUGAGUAUAGGUACUCUCAGAGCGCCCCAGGAUCUCCAGUCAGUGCUCAGCCUGUCAUCAUGGCCGCACCCCCCCACCCAACAAUCCUGCCCUCAGGCCCGGGGAAAGCCCUUGCUUUGGUUCCAGGUGGUGGCGGCCAAGUCCAGCCCAUCCACAUGCUCCAGAGCCCCCCUCAGCCUUCUGUCACCAUGAUGCGGGUGGUUACAAGUGUCCCUGCACUUUCCAACCCUCCGAAUGGUUACAGCACCCCCUCUGUUGGAGGAGCAGAGGGCAAUAGUGAGCUCAGAGAAGCCCAGCUGAACAGAGAGCGAGUGAUCCAGACUGUGGACAGUGCGGUGCAGGGUGGGGAUGGACGGAACCUGGCUCCAGGUUUACAUCAACUUCCUGUUCGUCCUGUUACCCAGAAUGGCAAACACACCACUGCUGCCAUUGCCACAGUAACCAGCCUUGCUAAUGCAUCUGGCCUGAGUAGUCCUCUCCAGAUCUUGGCUGCUCAGGCCUCCAGCUCCCCUCCAGUGUUCGUGAGCAGACAGCCCAGUGCGGAAACCUUAGCCGAGCAGCCAGGCGCACCCCAGGCCAAGCGGCCAAAGAUGGAGGACGAGGGUGGGACUGAAUCUGCUCAACAUCAAGUCACACCUGCUCAGCAGCCUGUCAUCGUUGCCAUGACAUCACAAACCCAUGACCCAAGGAAGUAACACCCAGGCCUUCUUACCAGGUACCCAAUGGACAGCCUCCUGAUCGUCCCCUAACAGCUUCACCUUUUAUACUCAUUUGAUAUGACUGCAGCCGACAUGGCCAAAAAAUGUACAGGCAGCCUCUCUCAACAGAAGGGAAAUAAAUUGUAAGGAAAAUAUAUUUUGGUGAAAAAUGAAAACUUUCAAAUACACUCUGAAUUUAAAAGCAAGUAAAUCUUUCAGGACUUUUUCAGCUCGACAGCCUUUUUUUUUUUUUUUUUCUAAAUGUAAUCCACCAUUCGCUGACAACAGCAAGCAAGUAAGGACAUUAAGCUUAUGAAAGCAUUAUGCAUAUUAAAUCUCAUUUCAUUUCAGCACUACUUUUACUUACGUGAAUGUUGGAGAAUAUCUCAGAUGCAUCGGUUAUUAUCACUCUCAGGCCAAAGAACUCACCUCUCCUGCACUUCUGAUUAGAGUCACUGCCUGAUUUCAAACCAGGGAAUGUGUGUUCAGAGAAUUCAAUGGCCUGUAUCUACAGAAAAAAACUGUGAUGAUCAGAAUUGAUAUAUUGUGUAGUUAAACACAGUUGUGGAUAGAAAGGUAGCGAGGACUUAACUGCAGAACAGGUUGAUGGGGCUUGGGAGACUGUUAAGAAUAUGAUUGCACUCUUCAUAAGGCAAUCCUUAUACAAUAAAGUGAGACAGAAGAAAUCAAACAGGUUGCAUCUCUCAGAGAAGAAAUAUGUUAAUAAGGCCAAGCCCAGAAUGUGAGGUCUCUCUUCUUCUUGUCUUCUCUGUAAAGCACAAAGAGAAAGAGGUAAUGUUUUCGAAGAAGAGGUGGGAGGAAAUCCCAGACUUUAGUGGUUCUCGCUUCACUUCAGCAGAGGUUGGUUUAUCAGUGUGGAGCUCCUCAGAUUCAAGAUGAUCUGGGUAAUUGGGCAGUGAAGUUGGAGCAGGGAAGGGGAAAAAGAAAAAAAAAAAAAAAAAAAGAGGCAACUAUUUGGAGUUGAUUGAAGUGGAGCUAACCUAAUGUAGACAAACUGAUUGUUGUUUUAAUUUUUUUUUCUUGUUUCAGUAGUGGUAAAAGGAGAAAUGGAACAGCCUGUGCGUAAAGUUUUGUCCUAGCACAGCAAAGCAUUAUUGUAAUAAUCCUUAAAGCCUUAAAUAUUUCUACUUUUUUUUUUUUUUGUCAUUUAAUUUUAACCUUUAGACAGCUUUACCUUUUUAGAUAGUUAACACAGCGCUUCUUUAACAGUACAUGAUCGGCAACACUACAAUGGUGACAAUUAUGUUGCAUUAGUAGACUUGUAUCAGUUUUAUCAGGGGAAGGGCGGGACCAACUCAUGACCACAAUUUCAUUUCACCUGCUCUCUUGUCUGUUUUCUUUCUUUCUGUAUGGUACAUUUGACAUCUUUUCUACUCUUAGCUCCCCGCUCUUUUGCUUUUAUUUCUGCUCUAUUCUUUUUUUUUUUUCCCUUCUUUCUCCCCAAUCUACCUCUCUCCCUCUCUCAGCAAGCAGUCUCUAUCUGCGCAGUCUCUACUGAGGCAUCAAGCUGUUGGCAAUUCCUGUCACAGACACUGCCUUAAUUAGAUAUUCUUCAGCACUUUCUCCCCCCUCUCGACUCUCUCACUCUGCCUUUAGCUUUUCCGAAUGUCCUCACACCGGCCUCACUUUUAGCUGGCAAUCAGGCACAAUUUGCGCAAGACUUCAGUGAUUGUUGUUGCACAUUAUUAAAAAAAAAAAAACAAAACAAAAAAGAUGCGUAAUGAUUGUAUGCUGCUCUUUCUGCUAAUGACAAAGCUAUUUAGAAGGUAUUUUUUCUGAUUUUGGAAAAAAAGAAAAAAUAUUUUGCUAUGUGUAAAAACGGCUGUCAUCAAUACGUAAACAUUCUGGAAAUAGAGAAGUAUAUGUAUUUUUAAAUGUUCCUGUUUUUGUGAUUUGUUAAAAUGUGUAGCACAAAUUAAAAUUCCUCAUUGAUGUAAAUAUU